GACCUGUCGCAGAGGAUGGGAAAUUUCUCCUUGUCUGAAAGAGAAGAGUUACUAGUAGAUAUUGCUAAUGAAGAUAUCCGUGUCAGUGCCGACGAAUGUCACCGCAGUUUAUUCGGGAAAAUUAUAGGCGACAGACCUGCCAGCUGGAUUGGAAUUAAGCGCUCCAUGAACCAAAUAUGGCGUCUCUCUCAACCGAUGGAGGUCAAGGAACUCGAAACCAACUACUUCCAAUUCAUCUUUCAAAGCAUGGAGGAUCUCAGAAGGGUAAGCUAUGGCACUAACUGGACCUUUGAGAACCAGUACCUGAUUCUGCGCGAAUGGAGGAAAGGCCUAAACAGCAAACAUCACUGCUUCCAAGAACUUAACAUAUGGGUCCAGGUAGCUAACAUACUGUUGAACUGGCUUAGCACAGAGGUCGGGAUUAAAAUUGGGAAAGUCUUCAAAGGCGUAGACAAUGUGGUUAUUACGAGCUUUGGCAAUCACGGUGGGAAAUUUCUACGUCUGCUGGUUACAUUGGACUUAACCGAACCAAUUCCCAGAUGCUCCAAAGUUAGACUUGGUGAGGAUGUGGUUACUAUUAGUUUCAAAUAUGAAAAACUAAGGAAUCUGUGUCACUACUGCGGACACAUUGGGCAUCUAGAGAAAGGAUGCUUAAAGAAAGUUGAUGACAUUAAGUCAGGAAAUCUCAAAGAAGGCCAAUAUGGCGAUUGGCUUAAGGUCCCUGAAGGACAAUUAUGGACCGGUAAUUAUCACCAUAAUUCUGGGUCCAGAAGCCCACCUCAAAGUCCCCGCAAUUCUCAGCAACCCUCCUCUCCUGGACAAUCGUCUCAGAAUCCUGAGACAGCCGGACAAUCAACUCCCAGGAAUCAAAUCAUCAUACACGCAGCAGAUUCCACUCCUACUAUUAAGUCAUCUGUAAUGGGCUCAUCUACUGGCUCUCCCAUCGCAAAGCACAAAUCACCAGAGGUGUCAAAGCCAAUAUCUGCUAAUGAGGAGCAAGUUAAGGCUACGGACCUUGAAUCUGGACCAUUAUCUACUCUUGUGGCUCCCCAUUCCCAGGG